GAAAGAUAUUAAUUGUUUUUUUUAUUAUAAAUUUCUAACACACCCACACAACCACAUUAACAUAAUUUUUAUACUUUUUUUUCUUUUAAUUUUUUAUUAUUAUUUUAAAUAAAUAAAUAAUUAAUAAUUAUUUUUUAAUAUUUAUUAUUUUACAUUUUAAUAAUUUAUGAAGAUAAUACAAAAUAGUUUAAUAAUAUAAAUAUUUAUAAAAUUUAUUAAUCAUUUUAUAUAUACAUAAUAAUAUUUAUUUAAAAUAUGGUGUUGGACUCUGUCGAUAAAGGUCAACAUGAUUUUCAAGAUAGAAAUGAAAAUUCAAAUAAUUUAAACAAUAGUAACAAUACCAAUAAAAUUUUUGUAAUAAAAUCGGUUGAUAUUUAUAAUACAAAUAAUAAUUCACCUCCCAAUAAAAGUCCCUCGCUUAUUCACCACCCACACGAUAAAAUUAUAAAAAACGAUUAUAUAGAAUUAAGUAAAGAAGAUGAAGAGGAAAUAACAAAGAUAUUAGAAAAUACACCAAAUUUAAAUAAAGAAAUUACAAUUAUAAAAAGCCCAAAUGUUGCAAAUAGUUACGAAAAUAGCAAUGAUAAUUAUAAUAUUGGCGCAAAUAGUAUUAAUGAAAAAGAAUUUUUAAUAAUAAAUAAUUUAAAUAGCAGUAAUUUAAUAUUUAAUAAUAAUAAUAUUAGCAAAGAUGGCGCAAAUAGUAUUUUAAACGAAAGUAGUGAAAAAAGUUAUUUAAAUUUUAAUAAUUUC